AUGAGGGCGACAGUGGUGGUCCCCUGGCAGUACGCGGACCGGACGGGCGCUAGGUGCAGGCGGGCACAGUCUCCCAUGGCAUCAAGUGCGCCUACCCCAGCCUGCCUGGCGUUUACGCUUGGUUAUUUUUUGCAGGUUGUACUUGUGCAGGUUGUACUGGUGUACAACCUGGCGACGUACUGAGGCUUGACCAAGGUCUCGUACCAACAAAUAAAUGCACUCGCCGAUCAGUAUGCAGGGCAAGACCUUGUCAUAAUCGGCUACCCUUGCAACCAGUUCGGUAAGCAAGAGCCCGGAGUGACUCGUGACGAGAUCAUGAACGGCAUCCGCUACGUGAGAUCGGGCGGGGGGUUCGAACCCAAGCAGGAUAGAAUAUUCCAGAAGGUUGAUGUUAAUGGGGCGAACGAGAUCCCCUUCUACAUAUACCUUAAAGUGAGUCGAAUAAUUGCUGUCGAAACGAUUCAAUGACUGAAAACAGUUUGG